UCCCCAGAGCUAGCCCAUGCAAGGGUGCUUUUCUCCAUAUUCCCAUUUGAGUCAGUCGAGGGCUUCCCCAAAUUCCUCUUUUAAUAAUCUCAUCUCCACACCUUAUGCUGCGUUUCUCUCAAACUUCUUAGCGCGAAAGAGCUUGGUUAUUCCCAAUGGCAACCGAAAAUAUGCCUAGCGACGUGGAGAAGAACGCCGGCCCUAUGGCCGAGGAGUUGGAGGGGAAUAGUAUCAAAGAUCGGGCAAUCAGUACUGUUCACGUCACUUCGCCGCAAGAGCGCAAAUUGGUAUGGAGGCAAGACAAACGUAUCGUGCCGUUGUCGGCCGGUAUCUACUUCCUCUGCUAUUUGGAUCGCUCGAACAUCGGCAACGCGAAGAUCCUCAAUUCCUCAACACACAAUGACAUGCAGACCGAAACGGGAGCCUCGAACUACCAAUUUAAUAUCGCAUUGAUGAUAUUCUUGGUUGGAUACUUCUGUUUCGAAGUUCCUUCAAAUAUCUUACUAAAGAAGCUCCGCCCUUCUAGAUGGCUCGCCUUUCUCAUGGUCGCUUGGGGCGCGAUCACAAUCGGCUUAGGCGGUGUUAAGAAUUAUCCUCAGAUGACGGGAGUUCGUUUUCUGUUGGGCGCCGUCGAAGCUGGUCUGUUUCCGGGGUUGAUCUACUACCUAACGUUCUGGUACAAGAGCGACGAGAGAAGUGUGCGAGUAGCUUUCAUUCUCGCAAGCGCUACCCUUGCCGGUGCUUUUGGCGGUGCUAUCGCAUAUGGAAUCGGUCAUAUGAACGGGAUACAGCACCUCUCCGCCUGGAGAUGGCUGUUCAUGCUUGAAGGUAUUCCUUCUUGUCUAUCCGGCAUUUUAGUGUGGUUCUUCCUACCAGACUGGCCCGAGAGCGCUUCAUGGCUUUCGGAAUCCGAAAAAGAUUUAGCUGCGCAGCGAUUAUAUCUCGAAGGCUCCAAAGGUUCAGCUUCGUCUAUGACUUGGGAUGAUGUUAAAUCUACGCUUACCGAUUGGCGGUUGUAUGGGCACUAUGCUAUUUACUUCGCUGUCUCGUUACCUUUCAGCUCGCUCUCGCUAUUUUCCCCUUCGAUUGUUGCCGGUCUAGGUUUCCAUGAUCUGCAGGCGCAAUUACUUACCGUACCUCCUUGGGCUGCUGCUUACAUUUUCCAAAUUCUUAUGUCAUGGUCCGCCGAUCAUUUCAAUGCUCGCGGCUAUCACUGUGCAGCAGCAGCAGUAAUUGGAGCAGCGGGUUUCCUAGCAUCUGCUGUGCUACCAGCUGACGACUAUCUCAGCCGCUAUGGUUGCUUAAUCGUCGGAACCGCCGGAGCCUUUGGAUGCAUUCCCCCCAUGUUAGGUUGGCUCACGUCGAACAUGUGGAGCACGGCGUCAAUUGGGUUGGCGGUUGCUAUCAACGUCAGUAUCGGCGCCGGCCUUGGACAAAUGCCGGGUGUCUGGAUCUACAAGGCCGACGAGGCGGAGAAGGGUUACCCAACUGGGCACGGUGUGAACUGUGCCAUGCUCUUCUUCGUAGCUAUCGGCGCCCUUGUACUAAGAUACUAUUACGGACGAAAGAACCGGAUCUUGCUGAAUGCGGCUUCUGAAGGAAUAACCCCUAGGUUGUACAAGUUAUGAUGAUCUUUCACGAUUGCUAUUUGCUUUUUAGCAUAGAAAUCUCGAAGAUAGGUACAUAGCUACCUCGUACUUAAUUUGUCCGUUGGUGGAUAUUGGUAUGAUAACGGUUG